AUAUACUUGUGGAUAGAUAAAAAGCGGUUUUACAAAUUAGGCCACGUUUUGACGCCACGCUUGUGCCUGAGGCUUGUUCGCGAGUUGGGUAACUUAUUGUAAUAAAUUCUUAUAUGUUUUGAAUCAGCUACACAAUUUACUGUAGAAGUUCCUUAAAUAAAAUGUCGGCUGCAUUUUUAGAGAAAAAAAACCAAACGGAUUAGUUUGUCUCCUAAUAUCAUGAUAAUGCACUAUCGAUAAAAAAGUUUCACUAGGAAGUCUCAAAAGUCUAACGACUGGUUUCGUCUUUUAGUACCACCUAUACUGAUAGUCAGUUUUUUGCUUAGUAUCCAGGUUUUCAAAGCUGAUUUGUCAGUAAGAUUUCCCACCACUGCUUCUAUAGUAUAAUUCCCCUUAGAUGUAACAAUGACGUUACUUUGUGCAGACUGGUUGGUACUUUUCCUGAAGCCAAGACUGAACAGUACAGACUACUUAACCUUAUGUUUUUGACCCUCUUCAUGCCUUGGUUUCUUGUGCAACAUAUGUUAGGUUUUUUCUCUUAGAAACCUGUCGUCAGAGCAGAGGCUAAUAAAACAUGUGAUGUUAUCUUGUUUCACAUCUGUCGAUUGUAAUGGUGACUUAUUAAUCCAUUAGAGGAAGGGAUUGUAAGUCGGUGAUAGUUUUUGGACGUAGUACAUAUGUUUAUUCCCAGUUGGGUUAACAGUAAGUCCAAAAUCAUUGAUUUCGUUUGUUUUCUUUAGAUUUGGUUUUUACAGGUAUGAAACAAACUUAUGCCGAUACUGACCUACAGUAGGUGUUGUAUUAAGUGAAAGGUCAAAGUACUUGGAAAAUAAUCUAAACACCGCCAGUAAGCGUCCAUAUUUGAUAUUACAAAAGUAUUUGGUAUCUGUAGUGAAUUUUCUUCGGAGUUUCUCACUUUACAAACAAACGACACUCUUCGAAUAAAAAUGACUCAACCCUUCCAGUUAGAAGAACCUGAAUACUGAUUACAACAAGCUUAGUCCAUUAUAAUCAUUGAAAGAUUUUGUCUGAUCCACUAGAUAAUUUGAAAUUAUUUCGCAAGUAAUUUAUGUAAUUUUUGAUUCGUGAUGUUGCGAUGUUUUAGGAAUCACAGAUUGUCAUUUCUAAACAUUGCAUUACAUAUUUAUCAUAGAAAAUGCCAAGCUGUUUCUGAUCACUGCAAAUUGGGGUAUUCAAUAAUGUAUAAUGACGUUGCGAAAACAUAGCUUGCGCCACAUACUUUCUCGAGUACCCCAAUUAUACAGUCUGCACCUUCCUAAGUGGCUGAAAUCUCUAGCCUAACACUUCAUAAAUUCAUGCUAUGCUUUCGUUUGACCGCCCCUAUCUUUUCUAACCUAAUUUUACGUCAGUUAACGCUACUUGACGAGGAGGGCGAUAUUUCGACCUGCACAACACGUGUCAUAGCCAUCCAAAUGGAUGCAGUUUCACAACCUUAUCGAUUAGGUUUCUUUCUCUACAUAACAAAUGUCUAUUACGUCGACUGAACAACCUAAAACUUUAUAUAAUGUAUUGGUUCAGCUUAUAACUCCUCGGGAAAGCACACAUCAGAUGAAAAGGUUUGUGAAGUUAGGAUGGUCAAAGCUGUAUGCAGAAGAGUGAAUAGUGAUUUUCAGGAUCUGGAGAGUGACAAAAUCUACAGACAUCCCUUUUGCCUUGAAUGACUCUGGGUCGUGUCACCAGUGGUCUGUGACCAUUGGUUCUCAGCAUAUCAAGAUGCCAAGAUAGGCACUAGGGUCUUCCAUGUAACAGACUAACAGUCAGCCACUUUGUACGCCAACACUAUAUUUCUAAUCUAAUAACACCUGGCACCUUUUUAGUUUAUUCUGACUUUUUUAAACCGUACGGGUGUAAGAAUAUAUAUAUAUAUAUACGCAGGAUUAAAAAGCCCAUCGUUUAUUUCACUGUCUUCAGUUGCUAGUAACACAAAAGCAGAUAUAUAUAUAUAUAUAUAUAUAUAUAUAUAUAUAUAUAUUACUUCAAUAUUAUUUCAACUCAGAGGGUAUUUAAUAGAAUAAGAAGUAUGAAUACAAGGUAGUUAUUAACUAGACAAGCAGUACUCUGCGUAUGUCAACUCCAGCUGCAUUUAUCAAGACAUGUCACACGAUAGGUCUUCCCAGCAUAAUUAUGACUCUCACUUUCUAUGUACUGCCGAACAACCCGAUUUGUAGAGGGGUCACAAAUAGUCUAGAGCUUUCUAUCGAAAGCAAGUCAGAAAUUCUUUUGGUUGCUGCACGAAAUUAUAAACGUCAGUUCCGUGUUAUUGCUUACACGAUCUCCAUGAGCGAAGAAAAAUACUUUACUACCAAACCAGCCAGUUCACAUCGUACAACAAUGCAGUAAUACAAUCAUUAUUUUGACGGGUUUGUUCUGUUUGACAUUUUUAUGCAGUAAAUAACGUCACGUGCACUGUCUAGCGUUUAAUAUUUUUUAUUCUCCGAAGUAGCUGACAGUUGGCUUGGUUUUUCAACAGAACGCUACUUUCUAAAACUACUUAUUACGUAAUCAAAUAUUAAAUCUGGCGUUUGUUUUAAAUUUCAGCCCUCAAGAUGGUUGUUUAUCAUGAUCGUAACCUAAUCAUCAACUACAUCCCAACUUCCAUAACAGAUGCCGACUUGACUCACUUAUUUUCGUCUGUUGGUCCCAUCAAAACAUGUCGAAUAAUUCGGGAUAGGAAUAGUGGAUCGAGUUUUGGCUUUGGAUUUUGUGAGUAUGAAGAUUCUGAUUCUGCUCACAAAGCAAUUUCACGCUUCAAUGGUUACCGCAUAGCCGAUAAAGUUCUGAAGGUUUCAUUGGCCAAGUUGCAAGGACGGCUGUCUCAGAGCUCAAACUUGUAUGUUAAGAACUUUCCAAUUACUCUUAAUGAAGACAAUUUAACAACUGAGUUUGGACGAUACGGUCGUGUUGUUCAGUGCCGUAUACUGCGGGACCAUGAAACUAAUGUUUCUAAGGGAAGUGCAUACGUACUUUUUGAGAAUCCUUCUGAUGCAGAGGCAGCUAAACGUUUGCUAGAUGGACGACCAUGGCCUGGUUUUCCUGAUAUCCAAGUACUAUCAAUAAAAUUUGCUACUCCACCUUAUCGACAGUCAGUAAAUCCAUCAAAAUCUAAAAACAAUUUUAAGAGGCCGUUCAUAAAUCAGAACUUCCGCACCGACUGCUUCAGUGAUCCUCUUUCUACCCAAUUACCGUCCCACAACAAAACCUCAGCUCCAGAGGUCUACGCACCCUCAGGUCCACAAAUACCUUUCAUCCCAAAUAACAUAUGCUCAGCAUUAGCUAAUUCUGUCCAAGGAUCAUUACUACAGUCUUCCACUAUUCAACCACAGUUGAAUCCACAGGGUUUAUUGUGGAGUAAUGAUUACCCCAAUGCUGAAUAUCAAAAUCCCGCAUCUGCCUUAAGCGUAGCUCCCAAUUACGUGACCCCAUACAUCUAUUCUCAACAACCCUACCCGAAUCUCUGGUUACCUCUCCAACAAAACUACCUCAGUCAAAUUCCUUUAACCGCUUUAUGCACUAAUCAACUCGAAAGCUAUGGUAAUUCAGUGCAAGGUUGUCCUAUAUUCACUAACGUACAGAACACAUUUUAUCCUGCUCCCAAUCAACAUAAGCCCAAUAUUCCCCUUAAAAAUUCUGAUGUGAUUUGUAAGCAGCCAAAUGAAUUAUCGUAUUUCGGUCGACCAAAACCUAUGAAAACUGAUAAGAACGAAUCUACAUCUGUUUACAUAUAUAAUAUUGGGAACAUGACAGAAGCACAGACUUAUGUUUUAUUCUCUCAGUUUGGACCGGUUGUCAGUGUUUCUAUACCAAAAGAUUACAAAACAAACACUUCCCGAAAUUUUGGCUUUGUUACUUACAGUAACUUCCAGAGUGCACAAAAUGCUAUAGAUGUAAUGAAUGGAUUACUUUUAUCUGGUCGACGACUUCAAGUUUCAUUUCGGCAAAGCAAAGGAAGACCAAUCAAGUUUGGAACUGUUGGUAACUGCCGUACUGUGGGAAAAUCAGUUCCGAAACAAAAAGGCGAAAUUCCAGAUUCUGGUUGCCACAGUCCACAACUAUCAAGUGACAAGUUAGACUCUGCUAACACUUUACCUUCAGACAAUCUACAGGUUUCGGAAACUAUUGAAGCGUUGGCAGAUUUAAGUAUAUCUAACGGAAAUAAUGUAUCUUCUUUGAAGUCGAACGACACUGUGUAAAGUACGGUUGAAAAAUUCAGUUAAAAGGGACUGAGUGUAAUAUUGAUAUAUUGUUGUUUUUUUUCUCUUGUGAACAUUUUACUUUAAUUAUUUUAAACUUUUUUUCGUGCACAUAAAUGACACCAUGUACAUAUUUAUAUAUAUAUACAAGAUGCUAAUCUUAUUAAUGAUAAACUUCUGCCAAUACCAUCAUGGGAUUAUUUCUUCAGGUCUUAUUUCCUUCCCCCCUCCCCCCC